AUGGCUGAACAAUUAUUCCCUGGGUAUAAGGAUAAGAUAUGGGCUAUCAUACCUGAUGAAUAUAAACUUAUUAAGAUUAGGAAUGAUAAUAAUAUAUUCGAAAAAGGUAUUAAUAAACAUAAAGCCUUUCAAGAAAGGUAUAUUACCUAUAAGGAUAAUAUAGAACAACGUUUUAUACCAUCACAAAAGUAUAGGAAACCAUCAAUUGAUUGGAGAAGACAACAGGCUAGAGGUACACUACAUAUUGGAAGAUG